AUGGGGGACCCUCUGUCAGACUGCAGCCCCCUCAUCAGCGCAGCCGUCUCCUGUAAGCUCCGUCUUGUCCGCCUGCUGGUGGAAGGUGGGGCUCAGAUCAACGGGCGCAACCCGAAAGGAGAGACGCCUCUCCUGGCUGCCUGUAAGGCUCUGAGAGGGGAGCCUGCUGGGCCUGAGACGGAGAAACUCCUCACCUACCUGCUGCAAAACAAGGCCGAUCCAAACGCACAGGACCGGGCUGGACGCACUGCUCUGAUGUAUGCCUGCAUGGAGCGAGCAGGAGCUCAGGUGGCGUCCACCUUGCUGGCUGGAGGGGCCGACCCCAGCAUGGAGGACUACUCUGGAGCCUCAGCACUGGUGUACGCCAUCAAUGCACAGCACCAGCCCAUGCUGAAGGUGUUGAUGGACGCCUGCCGGGCCAGGGGUCGUGACAUCAUCAUCAUCGCCACAGAGAUGGGUUUGAACGGAGGGUCAGUGACCAGACGUUACCUGAAUGUCCCUCCGUCUCCUGACACCUCGCCGGUGUCCUGCAUGUCCCCGUCUGACAUUGUCAUCAAGACGGGCUCACCCAGCUCACCUGAGGGAGAAAACAUCUUCAACUUCAGAGGGAUGAGUAAAAGAGGAAGCAGCAGCAGCAGACAUCCCUCCUGCGAGCUGAGUCCGUUGAGCCAGUGUAGCUCUCCUCCGCCCAGACAGAGAGUUUUAUCUGAACCCUGGCUGGCCAUUCACAACCUGGCCUGUCUGAACCAGGCUUACUCCGAGGGCAUGACGGAGAGGAGCCUGCAGGAGGACAGAGACAGAGAGGAUUCAAGCAGGGAGACGGGAGGGAGGGGAGAUGAGGACUCAAGUUUUCAUCAGUCCAGGAUAGAAGAGAGGAAAAAGAGCGAGGUUCAAAGGAGGGAUGACAGAGUUGGAGGAAAGAAUUACAACAGCUACCGUGAGGAUUUUCUUCCGAGGCUUUCUCAGUCGGUUCUCUCCCUCACAGAGAUGAGCUUGUCUCAGGGGACAGCGAGCAGACUGGUCCCUCAGAGGUGUCUGACUCCUGGAGCUUCCUUGAUUGAAAAGCUUCCUUCCUGUCAGUCUCCUCAAUCCCAACGCAGAAACACCCUCCCCUCCGUCAUGGUGGUUCCUCCUCUGCUUCACCUCCCUCCGUUAGUCGACCAGUCAGACUUCCACCUCCAGGUCCCAAUGCAGGUGUCCACCUCGAAAAGCAGGAGCAUGGUGUUUCUGCCUCACCCACCCAGCUCUCCUCCACCCUCCUCUUCAUCCAGAGCAUCUGUGCGACCGGCGUUACUCCCUCGGCUGCAGCUCGCCUCCUCCGUCACCUCCCUGGUUGCUCCUCCUGCUUCCUGCUGCAGCGAGAGGAGCAGGAGGUCACUGCGACGCCACUCAGUACAGCUUGAGCAGAUCAGAGGGGGAGAAACAAUUUAG